ACGAAGCGGGGCCUCGUGUUCCCGGACGCAGGCCAAGAUCGGAGAGGAAGACCAGACGGCGGAAUACCUCCCCGAAAAAUUCCUCGAGUGGCGGAGAAGGAAGCCCUCUCUCUCUCUCUUUUUCUCUCUCUAUCUUCCCGUCCUCGGCGACGCUCAUUCAUGCCGUUUGGCUCUCAGGUUACAGUCAAUUAGGAUUGGAAACAGUGUUUGUUUCAUAAGAUAUGGAGCAGCUGCGGUUUUGGUUGAAUCGCCCAAAGUGUUGGAUACUCUCUUUCCAGGAAAUGCUUGAUUGGCGGUUUUUUGUGCUUGGAGAUUUUCUUCAGGUUUCCUUUGUGAAUUGCACAUAGUUGUCAGCUUUUUGGAUGAAUAGUGGAAGAGGAAUAAUGCGAGGUUUUUAUAGCAUAGGAGGCGAAUCAUCAGUGCAUUGUACCAGCUUCAUGUGAAAAUUUCUGAGAGAAGUCGUGGAAGGGCUGAAUGCGGCACCUAACAAUCAAUAUCUGCUUGUGGGCAACUUUACUGGAAGUUGUUGCAUUAGAACAGAAGAUAGUCCUUAUAUAGUGCAGGAUGGUUUGGUUGACCAGAUACUCAUCGUUGGACAUCUGCAAAGGAGUCGUGUGGAUGAGAUAGCUCUUGCUGUAGUUGAAUCUUGGAUACUACUUCCAGAUGCAGUAUCCCUGAAUUGAGAGGCAAUCCUUUUAGUUGGGUGUAAUCGGUUCAGCAUGUUCGAAGGUGUCUGUCCUUUUCUGCCUUUGCAUUGUCACGGGUAUCACGCCUUCAGUUCAAUAAUUAAUAAAGCUGGGAAAUCUGUCUGACAGAAUACGUCAGGUGGCACAAUCGCAGCUUGUGCCUUCCAAUAUGAGCGGUAGAUUCAGCUAGAUGAGCAACGGCAUUUAUUCGUAGUAUAUACAGUUAACUAAGAGUCAUCUGCUUGUAAUUGUUAUACUUCCUGGGACAUUAGUUUUAUUUUGGUCUUCUGGAAUAAAGAAAGAGCCUCAAUCUAUUUCGGUUGCUUUGCUUCUGAAAGAAUGGAGAGGUACAAAUUAAUAAAAGAAGUUGGUGAUGGAACAUUUGGAAGUGUUUGGCGAGCUAUAAAUAAGCUGUCUGGUGAAGUUGUUGCAGUUAAGAAAAUGAAGAAGAAAUAUUACUCGUGGGAGGAGUGCAUAAAUUUGAGAGAAGUGAAGUCAUUGAGGAAGUUAAACCAUCCAAACAUCGUGAAGCUUAAGGAAGUCAUCCGGGAAAAUGAUAUCUUGUAUUUCGUGUUUGAGUACAUGGAGUUCAACUUGUACCAGCUCAUGAAAGACAGAGAAAAAUUAUUUUCUGAAGCAGAAAUCAGAAAUUGGUGCUUUCAAGUAUUUCAAGGUCUUACAUACAUGCAUCAGCGCGGGUACUUCCACCGUGACCUUAAACCAGAAAAUUUGCUGGUUACGAAAGAAACGAUUAAAAUAGCUGAUUUUGGCCUUGCUCGUGAAAUAAAUUCGCGGCCACCAUACACUGAAUACGUCUCAACACGCUGGUAUCGAGCGCCGGAAGUCUUGCUUCAGUCAUUUACGUAUGGUCCUAAAGUUGAUAUGUGGGCUAUGGGUGCUAUAAUGGCUGAAAUGUUCAACCUGCGUCCACUUUUUCCAGGCAGCAGUGAAGCAGAUGAGAUAUACAAAAUAUGCAGUGUAUUAGGUAGUCCUGCCCCAGACUCUUGGGCAGAAGGCCUUCAUCUUGCAAAGGCCAUUAAUUAUCAGUUCCCCCAGUUUUCUGGUGUUGAUCUUUCUGUGGCGAUACCAUCUGCAAGUGAACAUGCUAUUAGUCUUAUAAAGUCACUUUGUUCAUGGGAUCCCUGCAAGAGGCCGACGGCAGCUGAAGCAUUGCAGCUUCCUUUCUUUCAGAGUUGCUUUUAUGUUCCACCGUCUCUUCGUGUGAAAGCAACUGCUCCAAGAACCCCUCCUUCAGUUGGCGCUAGAGCACCUUUGCAGUUGCAAAAUACUAGAAGAACAGCUGCUGUAGCCAGUUCAAAGCUCUCAGGCAACCUUUCAUCGCCAAAACAGCAGCCUGUCAACAAAGGUGUAGAAAGGAAGCUAAACAUGGGCAGUGAGAAGGAUGCAAAUCAUAACAAGUCAUCAAGUACCUUCAUCAAACAACAGAAAUAUCGCCCACCAGGGAAGAACAGCCCAUCCUCUAUAAAUAAGGGUGGAACAGCGAGUGCUGUUGCUGGCGCAGCACAGAAGAUGGCAAACAUGUCACUAAGUUCCCGAAAGGAUUCUGCCAUACCGCGAGUGCCGCACCCUAUGAAGGCCGGAGGAUGGCGUGGUGAGCCUGGCGACAUGUUUCGAAGUAAGCCAAACAAGAUUCCACCUGGCCGUGCCUUUUCGCGGAAAGUCACAGGAUAAGAUGGUUAGCUCUCUUUAUGAUGUUCAAGUAGAUGGUGUCCAAAUAACUAAAAUGUUUCGAUAGCUUUACACCGUGAGUUUGAUGAUUUGACCAAAUGCUUCUUUGGUUAUAUAAAUAUGUGAAUCGACUGUGCUCGCUUUA